ACCACUACAUGUUCAGUUAUUUCCCUCCAACUGCAGUAACAUUUUUGAAUUCGGGUGUGUGUUGUUACUAUUUCUAAUAAACGAAGGAAUAUGGUAGUCGUAAACAUAAAGGGCAUAUCCGUGAACUUUCCGUUCGAGCCAUACGAAAUUCAAAAAGAUUACAUGGAAAAAGUAAUUGAAUGUCUACAAGAUGAAUGUGUGGGAGUAUUGGAAUCACCAACUGGUACCGGUAAAACUUUGUCCCUAUUGUGUUCCUCGUUAGCCUGGCUCGAAACGAAAAAAGCUCAAAUUCAGGCACAACAUAAAAUGCCGCUAUUUAAUGGCACAGAAAACGAGUUCUUAGUGGAACUGAAUAAUGAGUUGGGGGCGAAAGGGGGCAAGCUGGCGAGCGGUAGAUCUUUCCUUGGUUUGCCUACAGUUAUUUACUCCUCUCGUACGCAUACGCAGCUGCAGCAGGCGAUGCAGGAGCUGAAAAGGACAUCUUACAAGUACAUGAGAGCCUCAGUAUUAGCGUCAAGAGACCAGCUUUGCAUUCAUCCCGAUGUUUUGGCUGAAAAUGACAUGAAUACGAGAAUCACAAUGUGUCAACUGAAGUUGGCUUCCGGUACCUGCCAUUUUUAUAAUAGAGUCGACCAGAAGAAAGAAGAUCCCAUUUUAACUGAAUUAAGUGUUAUAGACAUAGAAGACAUUGUUAAAGUGGGCAGAAAACACAGCUUUUGUCCCUAUUACAUGACCAAAGAGUUACAGAAGCGUGCAGAUAUUAUUUUCACCCCAUAUAACUACCUAUUUGAUCCCUUAGCUAGGAAAGCCUUAGGUCUAAACUUGCAAAACAAUGUGGUAAUACUAGAUGAAGCUCACAAUGUUGAGAAGACUUGUGAGGAGACCACUUCAGUGUCCAUCAGGAGUACCGACAUAGCUUUGGCCACUGAUGAGCUCACGGCUUUGAUGAAGGUUAUGUCUGAGCAGCCGAUUAGCUUCGACGAUUCACCUAAAGACUUCACUCCCGAAGAAGUAUGUCUAUUGAAAGAGAUGCUGUUGAAUUUUGAAAAGGCCAUUGACGAAGUUCCACUAAAUAAACAACUGGACGAAGGGACCAAUUUCCCUGGUGAUUAUGUGUUUCAGUUGUUGGAAAAAGCGCAGAUAACCAGAGAGAAUUGUUACGGAGUUACUAUGACAAUUGACAAAAUAACACAAUACUUGGCCACGGUGAAUGAGGGCCAAAGGAAGGGUAAAGGGCUUAGGAAGUUUGGCGAUUUCUUGACUGUAGUUUUUGUAAAAAACACAGAGGAUUUUGUAAAAAAAGUCAGAAAAUGUUAUAAAAUACACAUAGCCGAAGAGGAAGGUUCCAAGUCCAAGGGCUCCAACUGGUUGUCCAAGGCAUCCAAACCAGCUGGCAGAGUUCUCAGCUACUGGUGUUUUAGUCCAGGUUUUGGAAUGAAUGUUAUAAUGGAUCAAAACGUCCGUUCUUUGAUCCUAACGAGCGGCACCCUUGCUCCGCUGAACCCUCUCAUAUCCGAAUUGGAGCUCAACGUAAAAGUGAGGUUAGAAAAUCCGCAUAUCGUCGACCACACCCAGAUAUGCGUCAAAGUUUUGUCGGUGGGACCGGACGGCGAGACAUUAAACAGCAAUUACCAGAACCGGAACAAUCCUAAUUAUAAAACAUCGCUCGGCAGGUCGAUAUUGAACUUGACUCGAGUAAUUCCCGGCGGCCUCUUGAUAUUUUUCCCGUCAUACCCGAUUAUGCAGUCGUGCCUUGAUUUUUGGCAGGGAAAUGGCAUGUGGUCUAAUAUAGCCGCCCAGAAGGCCAUUUUUGUCGAGCCAAAACAAAAAGAGGCGUUCGCGGUCGCGAUGGCCUCUUACUACCAAAAAAUCCGCGACCCUAAUCUGAAAGGCGCAAUUUUUAUGGGUGUGUGUAGAGGUAAGGUGUCGGAGGGAGUGGAUUUCGCUGACUCGAAUGGCCGCGCCGUGAUAAUAGUCGGUUUGCCUUACCCGCCACUUAAAGAACCGAGGGUUAUAUUGAAACGACGCUAUUUGGACGUCUGCCAUGGCGAAAACAAAGAGUAUUUGACGGGACAAGAUUGGUACUGUUUAGAAGCGACCCGAGCGGUUAAUCAAGCGAUCGGACGCGUGAUCCGUCACAAAGACGAUUACGGAGCCAUACUGUUGCUCGACCAGAGGUUUAACAAUGCCAGAGUUAAAAACGAACUUUCGAAAUGGCUCAGAAAUCACGUUCAAAUCGUAAAUCGUUUCGGCGAAAUCAUCAAAGACUUGUCCGUGUUUUUUAGGGCUGCCAACCUUAGGGCACCUGCGCCGACUUUGGUCGACCAGCCGAGCACGUCCGGUGCUCGAAUCUCCUCUUUUGCCAGUUCUGAAUCCGUUUCGUCAUCGUCUAGUUUGGAUUCGGAACUCGGAGAUUUGGUGACAAUACACAAACGGGUUAGACAAGAGACGUUGUCCAACCCGAUAAAAAAGAAGAAGAUUUACGUCACGCAAAAAAAACCGUUUGACCGAACGGAAGAGAUUAGCGCAAAGAGCGUCGAACUGAUCUCAUUGGCGAAAGAAAAUUUGGGCAUCAAGUUCAUGGAGUUUGUCAAUGCGAUAAAGUCCUACAAAGAAAACGACAAUUUUCCUGAACUUUUGAGCGUUAUUGACAAAAUCGUUCACCAUACAAGUAAAGAUUUGUUGGAUACCUUAAAGGAUUACAUCCGUCCGCAUCAUCGGGGCGAAUACGAUCGUUACCGUAUUACGAGAGAUAAUUAAUCGUUCUAUUCUUGUAUAAUAUUAAAUAAAUAAUG